AUGCCAUCUACACGGCUUUCCCUGCUGGCCGCAAUUGCAUUGCUGUCUCGCUCACUGCAGGCAAAGGAUCCAAUCCAGGACUUUUGUCGACGAUGGGGUCACCAGACCGCGCAGGUAGACAACAAGCUGUACAUUGACGGGGGCCAGGUAGCAUGGAAUCCCAUCUCCACCAAUCCCCAGAACUACACGAAUACCUGGCUCCUCUACAGCGACCUCAACUCCACGACCCAGGGCUUUGGCCAGCCAAACCAAUACGCGAACCUCACCAAGAACGCCACCGUACCGAGCGUAUCAGGCGCCGUGCUGUGGCCGGAUGAUGUCAACAAGUGCUUCUACCAGUUCGGAGGAGAAUACCAAGGCGCUCCGCCCGAUUUCAGCUUUUGGACCUACGAUACCAGACUGGACCAAUGGAACGAAUCCAGCCCGAACAGCAACGUCGCAUCACUACAGCGAGUGGCCUAUGGCGCAGGAACAUCGGCUGAGGAUUUCGGCUAUGGGUAUUACUUUGGAGGCUACAUGAACAACCUUACGUCUCCAACUUGGAAGGGGGAACAGAUCGCUACCAGCAAUCUGAUAUCUUAUGACUUCACCGCAGGUCAGCUGAACAACAACAGUGGGCCACCAGACAACGUUGGCCGCGCUGAGGGUCAGUUGGUCUACCUUCCUGCUUCUGACGGAGGUCUUCUGGUCUACUUUGGAGGUAUCGAGGAUCCGAGUCGCAAUGGAAGCUCUCAAGCGGCCAACAUGAGCACUGUCCAUAUAUACGACAUCUCUUCGAACAAGUGGUAUACCCAGCAAGCCUCCGGACAAGUCCCAGGCGCGCGACGACAAUUCUGUGCUGGCGCUACCUGGGCUGAUGAUCAAUCGUCAUAUAACAUCUACUUGUAUGGCGGAUUCACUGCCGAUGGUCCAGGUGGAUAUGACGAUGCUUACAUCCUCUCACUGCCAUCUUUCAAGUGGAUCAACGUCUUCAAUACAGGCAAUGGCACGAACACGCAACCGUUCCCGCACGGAGCUUGCUCUGCAAACGUGGUCAACCGAGACCAGAUGCUUAUCAUCGGGGGCUGGUUUACCAACUCGUCUUAUACUGAUUGCGACGCACCAAAUUCUCAAGGGCAACACAAUAUGAACCUCGGAUACAAUGGGGAAAAGAACGUUCUCUGGGACAAAUGGGACCCGUCGGCCACCAAGUACUUCGUCCCUACGCCUGUUAUCUCGGUCAUUGGUGGAGGACCAACAGGAGGCGCGACAAUGACCAAGCCUUCCAGCUGGGAUAACGGCGAUCUCAGCGUCUACUUCGGUCGCCAGGCAAGCUUUUCAGCCCGAUCAGCAACUCGUGUAGUUCCUAGUGGAACCGCAACCCCGUCAGACACCGGCAAAUCAAAGAAGACUGACGUUGGAGCUAUUGCGGGUGGUGUCGUAGGAGGUCUCGCCGGCCUCAUUCUGAUACUUCUGCUCGUUCUCUUCUGCCUCCGUCGGCGCAAGAAGGCUCUCAAAGUCAAAGGAGAGAAGAACCAAGGCCCAUCACCACCACCUCCCGUCGAGCUAGCAGCAACCUCACCAGUACAAGAGAUGCCCUCGCCAGUUACGACCCUAAUGUCUACCACCAACCUCCAGGCGCAGCAUUACAGCGCGAAUACUCUUAUCCUACACCGACAUCACCCACUCACCCGCAUGCGUUCGUUCCAGUGA